AUGAAGCUUUCCAACCAUUCGGCGGUGCCAGUAUACACGAUAUCUGGCUCGUCUACUGCCAGACCUCUCCCCGAAUGGCUAGCCAGAAGACGGAAACGAAGCCUUAAGGCCGACGCAGAGUAUUCGAACCGGGUGGAACUGCUGCAAGAUUUCGAAUUUGAAGAAGCAAGCCAGUGUAUUCGGGUUAGCGAGGAUGGUCAAUGGGUAAUGAGCACAGGUACAUACAAGCCUCAAAUGCAUGUACAUUAUCUACCACAUUUAUCUCUGUCAUAUGCCCGCCAUACAAUAUCCUUAAAUACGACAUUCUUGCUUCUCUCAUCGGAUUAUUCAAAAUCGCUUCAUUUACAAGCAGAUCGAUCUCUUGAAUUUCAUACACCCUCCGGAUGCCAUUACACUACCCGCUUGCCUCGGUACGGCAGAGAUCUAGUGUACGAUAGACAAUCAGCAGAAGCACUCACGCCAGCUGUUGGAGUUAACGAGAAUGGCAUGGGAGAAGUGUUUAGAUUGAAUUUGGAACAAGGCAGGUAUAUGCGCAGCUACGAGGUUGAAGUCGGUGGGGAUGAUUUCACCUCUCUCGGUGGAGGGGCGCUUCAAGGCGGAAUACGCACCGGAAGUGUUAAUACUGGAGCAGUGGCAGAGGAAAGCCAUAAUCUACUUGCUUUCGGAACAUCUAUUGGGACCGUAGAGCUCUGGGAUCCCCGCGCAAAAGCUAGAGCAGCUAUCCUCCCGUCCUACACCAACGAGAAAUCAGAAAUCACCGCAUUGGAGUUCAACAGGUCAGGGCUCACCCUUGCCACAGGAUCAUCUACAGGUCUCAUUCACUUGUAUGAUCUUCGAUCCCCAAUUCCCGUUCUCGAAAAGGACCAAGGCUACGGCUACCCAAUCCAUACCUUAACCUUCCUUACCUCAUCUAUCUCCACCCGUGAGCAGACGAGCGACCCGAAAAUCAUGUCAGCCGAUAAGCGCAUUAUCAAGAUAUGGGAUCAGAGGGACGGUACUCCGUGGACAUCCGUGGAACCGGCUGUUGAUAUUAAUAGCGUGGCUUGGUGCAAGGAUAGUGGUAUGCUACUGACGGCCAACGAAGGACGGCAACAGCACUCUUUUUUCAUCCCCCAAUUGGGGCCUGCGCCAAAAUGGUGCGCGUUCCUGGACAAUCUCGUGGAAGAAAUGGCAGAUGACCCUAACGACCCUCAUGCGUUUGCUACUGGCCAGUCAGGCUCUGUUUAUGAUAAUUACAAGUUCCUUACUGUUCCUCAGCUGCGCAGUUUGAAUCUGGAUCAUCUCAUUGGAACUACGACUUUACUACGUCCAUACAUGCACGGUUACUUCGUUGCCCAACGUUUGUAUGAAGAGGCAAGGUUGAUUGCCAACCCGUUCAUCUGGGAAGAAGAAAGAGAUAGAAAAAUCAAAGAAAAGAUUGAUAAAGAGAGAGAGAGCCGAGUCCGCGGGAAGAAGAAGGUCACAGCGAAGGUUAAUCGGAAGCUUGCAGAAAAACUGCUUGAGAAAGAAGAGAAGAAAGAACGGCUCCAGGCUCGGAGGGUAUUGGCGCAAGGAGGAGACGAGGCUGUUGAGAAGGAAGCGAAUGAUGCCGGCCCCAUCGAGCCAAGCACUGGUGGCCUGCUUGGUGAUUCGCGUUUCAGCAAACUGUUUGUUGAUCAAGAUUUCGCGAUCGACGAGAACUCGAGAGAAUAUCUUCUUACUCACUCUGCAAAUGCACCUGCAGCUGCUUCCAGGCCUGAGAGAGGAUUGACAGCUGUUGAAGAGGAAGCUAUUGAUGAAGUACCCGGCUCUAGUUCUGACGAGAUGGCUUCGGAAGAUGAGGCGCCACGAGCCGCACGACAGCCAUCUUCCAAACAAAUAUCUACUGCUUCUUACAGGCGAAGCAAACCAAAGCAGCCUCAGAUGCAAGUGACUUCAUCUUCCAAGGCUUCACGCACUCACGACCGUUCGUUCGAGUCCAGAGUUCGUAAACACCAAACCAAAGAGCGCCCUUCGGUAGCUCGAUCAGGUGGCGAGAAAACGGUCACUUUUGCACCCCAGUCGAAACCCAAGCCUAGAUCUGCGGCUGACAAUAUCGACCGGGCAAGCUACCGGAAGAAAGACCGCAGAAGUGCCUCCGGAAAUACCUUCAGAAACAUGUAG